AUGAACGGACUUUCAGUGUACGAAAAGUUACGACAAAACGCCAAAACGUUUAUAGAAGCCUACAGCUUCACACCCGAGGCUGGGCAGCCCAACAUUGACGUCUUGACGUCCUUCAUGUCGUCCAACUUUACGCUGGCCUGGGGCCACACCUACAUGACACAGCGGCAACCAAGACUCUCGAAAGCGUUGGACCAGGCUGGCUUCCGCGAGCACAUGGGCGCCAUGGUCCCCUUUAUAGAGUCGACUCGCAUCGUCAUACACGAUAUCAUUGUCGACGAGCCAGCAAGAAAGGUCGUAGUGAGGGCCAGUUUCUGCUUGUGUCCAAAGGGGCAGAACGAAGGAGAAAAGGAGGCGCCUGAGAAUGAGCUCAUGUGGAUCCUCAAGUUUGACCAGGAAGGGGAACAGUUGGAAAGUGCCGUUGAGUUUCUUGAUGCCACAGCAACGGCGAGAAUUGGGGAGCUGGUUGCCCAGGCAAAACAGAAGGUGUGA